UCAGGCUCAAUUACCUGACUUCCUCUUUGCUGGAUUCGAGUUGACGUCGGUGUUGCGGAUCCUCUCGGGCGCGUCUUCGUGUUUGAACCUCCAUACUCUCCAUGCAGCCUACAUUAGCCCCAGCGCCGCAUCCAAGCAUGCAAACAUCUGCUCAGGACCAUGCGGACCAGGUCCUCCAUGAUCAACUCCUAGCGGCCCAUCAGCACCUAUCACAUCCGCAGCAAACGCGUCCACAGGCCUCCACCGCGCAGCCACCGCAUAUGCAGCCCAAUGCGACAAGCCCCCGCGACCAGAACAACAUCGAUCCGGCCAUUUCGGGAGCUGCGAUGCUCAGCGGUCCGCCACAGACGCCGCCACAGCCGGAGCCCACGGGCCCGGAGAGUCCGAAGACGUACGGCAAGCGACCGUUGUCGACCUCUAAGCGUGCCGCUCAGAACCGUGCUGCACAGCGAGCAUUCCGCCAGCGCAAAGAAAGUUAUAUUCGCAAAUUGGAGGAGCAGGUGAAGGAAUUUGAUACCAUGUCAGAUGCCUUCAAGGGGUUACAAGCGGAGAAUUAUCAACUCCGCGAGUACAUCAUCAAUCUCCAGUCACGACUUCUGGAAUCCCAGGGCGAGGUGCCCGAGCUACCAGGAAACAUUGAUCUGAGCCAGCCCCGGACCGACUUGAAUAUCCCGCAACCCGGUGCUGGGCCUGCCACGGCGUCUUCAUCGGCGGCAGCGCCACCUUCAGGCGCCCAGCAACCGCAAGGGCCCGCCCAGGGUGCCGCGGUUAACGACGACAUGAACUCAUUGAAUCGGAUAGCUGUCGCAGGCUUAGGGAUGCGCAAGCACCCCAAUGAAGAGGCCAAUUACCUUGGCAAUAACUUUCCGGGUCGCCGCACGCGUAAUGAUGAGACCCAAGCUGACUCGGAUGUGACCAAGGCGGAGCAACCUAGUCAUGGGCUCCCCAUGGUUUCAUGACCCCAUUUAGCCCUUGUCCUUUUUCAAAGCUCUAAACCCUAUUCUACAUCCAGAUACCGGUGUUAUCGCUUCUUUGGACGGUGUGU